UCACUUACAGUGGAAAUGUGUGCGGAACCUUUGAGAGGGAAGACAUUAUUGACGGACAUAGACCAAACAUGGCAGACGUACCAGACGAUGCGAAUGAGCACUGCCCGGGCACUCAAAGUGACCAGGCUGGGAAAGCAUCAUCAUGUGCGGGGUGUCCCAAUCAGACGAUCUGUGCGUCUGGAGCGACAAAGGCGCCCGAUCCAGCCAUAGCAGAGAUCGCAGAAAAGUUGUCCACAGUGAAACACAAGAUCCUGGUUCUGUCGGGUAAAGGGGGAGUGGGGAAGAGCACGUUCAGCGCACACCUGGCCCACGCUCUGGCCAGUGACAGCACAAAAGAGGUUGCCUUAUUGGAUAUAGAUAUAUGUGGUCCAUCAGUUCCUCGUAUUAUGGGUUUAGAGGGAGAGCAGGUUCACCAAAGUGGUUCCGGUUGGUCUCCUGUUUACGUAGAAGACAACCUUGCAGUCAUGUCCAUAGGUUUCCUCCUCGGCAGCCCUGACGAUGCUGUGAUCUGGAGAGGCCCUAAGAAGAAUGGGAUGAUAAAGCAGUUUUUGAGAGACGUGGAUUGGGGCGACCUGGAUUACCUCAUCGUGGACACACCCCCUGGCACUUCUGACGAGCACCUGUCAAUCGUGCAGUACCUGAGUGCCACCAGUGUAGACGGAGCUGUAGUCAUUACCACACCACAGGAGGUCUCACUGCAGGAUGUGCGUAAGGAGAUCAGAUUCUGUCAGAAGGUGAAGAUGCCUAUAAUCGGAGUGGUGGAGAAUAUGAGUGGUUUCGUCUGCCCCAAAUGCAAGAAUACCUCACAGAUUUUCCCACCCACAAGCGGAGGAGCUGAUAAACUGUGUGCAGACCUGGGCCUGCCUCUCCUUGGCAAAGUACCACUGGAUCCCCGCAUUGCACGCAGCUGUGACGAGGGCCGCUCCUUCCUCAAUGAUAUCCCGGAAUCUCCGGCCGCUCUUGCCUACCAGCGAAUUGUUCAAAGUAUCCAGGAUUACUGCGUCAACAGCGAAACCGAGCAGAGUACCACAUGACCACAAUAAUUAUCAACAAAACCACCGUCUCAUACGUUUCUGAAUGCACUUAAAUGCACUGGAUACAGACCAAAUUUUUACAUCAAUAUAGAAGAGAUUGUAUGUUAUUAUUGUUAAAGGUCCUAGAUUACGCAAAAUUUACUUCUGAGAGCUUUUAGACAUGUUAGAAAGUUCCCUCAUCAAAAACAUCACUGAAAUUGCGUUUGAGGAGCUUAUACCACCUUAUGAUGUCAUGUAGUCAUAGUUUAGUUUGGUAGUUAAUGGCUCCAUUUUGUUCUGUAAAGAUAGACAAUUCCUGGUCUUAAAUUAUCCAAAUAAUUUCAGUGAAGGUGCAUGGAGUUUAAAAACACAGUGGAGCCCUUCCUGUAUUACCACAUGACAUCACAAGGUGGAACAGAGUGUUUUCUGACCAAGAGAAGAUCACAGUAGUAAGUAAAUAUGCAGGAUUUGUGUGUUAAAUGUGUGAAUGAAACAAAACACAACUCCAGGUCUGUUUUUGAUGAGGAAACAUUAUAAUAAUAAGAAGCAUCAGAAAAUAGCGUAAUAUAAGACCUUUUAAACGUUAAAAGUUUAGUUGAUCAAAACUUUAUCUUAUCAUUUACAUGUGUACAACAGUGUCUUAAUUUGAAUAAAAAGACAUAUUUAACUA